GCUGAUGAAGUGCUGUCCUACUGAACCUGACUCCUGGGGUAGUUUGGGUCGGCGGGUUUUUAAAGGUUCAACUUCCUGCUCCUCCGGCGGUGCAGCCUCGGUCGUCUUGAGUUGUCAGAGCUGAGCAGAUGUUCCAGGGCUUCUCCUUCACACAUCGAUGACACCCUGAACAGAGGGGGCUGUGUCUUUGUGGGUCUGGAACUUUUCAUUCUGCGCCAUGUUGCAAGCACCUCGGGUGGCGUAGUUUCUUUCUGCGUUCACUUUUGUUCCUGGGGAAAAACGUUUGGUGCUCUGCGCCAGCGGCUUCCUCUGAAGCUGCUGUGUUUGCUAAAGCCUGGCCUGUUUCAUCAGACGCUCCCUCCCUGCCCAGAUGCGUGUUCCCUACAAGACGCGGCUGGUCCUGAUGGUGGCGAGCGCCCUGCUCCUGCUGGCUCUCUGCACAAGACGGAGUCCGCCGCCCGGCCCGCCGGUUGACCUGACGCCGAGGACUGUGGAGGAGAGCGUGCAGCUGGGGAGCCUGCUCCAGAGCAUCCGUGCAGUGGAGCACGUCCCGUAUCGGCUGAGGAAGGAGGUCUCCUGUCGCCUGGCGACCAACAGGUGUGAGUGUCUGGCUGAGCAGGACAGCUUCCGCCUGCCGCUCUCCAACCUGGUCUUCCCGCGCCUGACAGUGAAGGACUUCAGGCUGGCCUUCCUGGAGUCGCAUCCCGACCCCGAGAGUGUGGAGAGGCUCCGGGCUCAGGAGCACAGCAGUUUCCGGAGGAGGGGCUUCAGUCCAGCUGACCUGCUGCUGGUGGCCCAGGCCAACAGCCCCCUUCAGUUCCCCACCCAGGGCGUGGAGGUGCGGCCCCUGAAAACCAUCCUGGUGCCAGGUCUGGGCCUUCAGGAGAAGACCGGCUCCAACCACUCGGUGUCUCUGACGGCGUCCUUGGGGACCUUUGAUGUGGCAGCCACGGUGGACGGGGUCUCGCUCGAAGGACUCGGGCAGAAGUCCAUCACCGUCUCAAGUUCUUCUCAGGAGGCUCUGAACAGGCAGCUCCAGUUUGUGGCCUACACCAACACGCAGUUCCAUCCCCGCACAGCCGACACUGUGCAAUUCUCCAGCAGAGGGCACCGCUCCUUCUUCACCAUCAAAGUGGGGCACCACGCGGUCCCGAGACUCUACAACUCUGGACUCCACCCAGAGGCUAACGUCAGCGCUCUGGUCACCAUCGCCACCAAGACCUUCCUGCGCUACGACAGACUCGCCGGCCUGAUCGCCAGCGUGCGGCGCUUCUACCCUCACAUCGGCAUCGUGAUCGCAGACGACAACGAGCACCCGCAGCCAGUGGGUGGCGCCGGCGUGGAGCAGUUCUUCAUGCCUCCCAGGAAGGGCUGGUUCGCCGGGAGAAACUUGGCCGUGUCCCAGGUAACCACCAAGUAUGUUCUGUGGGUGGAUGACGACUUCCUCUUCACUGCCAAGACCAAGCUGGAGAAGAUGGUGGACAUCCUGGAGAGGACCUCGCUGGACCUGGUGAGCGGCACGUCCGGACACGUUUCUCCUCCUGUGUUCCAGAGACGACUGCCUGUGUCUCGGGGCGCUGCAGGUCGGUGGCGCCGUGCGAGAGGUGACUGGCUACGCCACAACUUUCCGUCACACCAUCUCUGUGGAGGAGGGUGGCUUGGAGGGCGACUGUCUUCACGUCCGCAGGGGUUACCACCACCUCAUCGAUGGAUUCCCCAACUGUGUGGUCGCCGACGCCGUCGUCAACUUCUUCAUGGCCAGGACGGACAAGGUGCAGCAGAGUUCUUCGUGGAUGGGCUCGGCUCGCUCCACGUGGGCUCCUGCAGCGACGUCGUCGUCGACCACGCGUCUAAGAUCCAGCUGCCGUGGACCAAAAGCAAGUCACAGAGAGCCUACGAUUCUUUCCGCUACUCCUCCUCCGAAUCGGACCGGGACCUUCACAAUGAGGUCUUCUACUUCAAGAACAGAUUCAAGUGCAUGACCAGACACUGACCAGCAGAGGGCGCCUGACUGAGCCUGAACUCAGGAUUGGAGGGAGGUGUGGGGAAGGACCGGCUGGGACCCAGGGCCGAGCCACUGGAGGAACCCGACACAGGCUGAAAUCGCUCAGCAGCUGGGAGUCCAGUGUGAGCGUGUGUUUGCAUGACUGUGUGUGUGUCAGGUGUGUGAUCACGAGUGUGUGUGUCGACGGCUCAGUUGUGUUUACCGCACAAACACUGCUGAUGCAAAGCUCCUUCCUCUGUGUGUCACUUCAGUGGCUCCAUCUCUGUUGAUCAUCCGACUGACAGGUACCGAAGGAGUGACAAAAAUA